AAGGCUCAAAACAACAAACGAGCCCAAAACCGAAACGUAGUCGCCGUCUUCCUCGUCCUUCAGCUCUAGGGUUUCGCCUCUUCUUCUUCGUCAUCUUCUUCUUGUUUCAACGAAAGGGUCGAUGGAGAACUUCACCUACGGCUACCCAGAAUCGCAAAAAUCGCGGCCUAACGAGCGGUUUUGCUAGCCCACCCUGGUUUUGAUCUUGCCGUUCUUGCUGUUGGAUUGGUGUCGGUCAUGGCGGCGAAGAAAGUAAUAGCGAUAUGCCAGUCGGGGGGCGAGUUCGUGGCCGAUCAGGACGGGACGUUAUCCUACAAUGGGGGCGAGGCGUAUGCGAUCGAUAUCGAUCAGCAGACUCAGCUGAAUGACUUCCGGGCGGAGGUCGCCGAGAUGUUCAAUUGCGGCGCCGACGCGAUGACGAUCAAGUACUUCCUCCCGGGUAACAAGAAGACUUUGAUUACGAUCUCGAAAGAUAAGGACUUGCAACGAAUGGUGAGCUUCCUUGGCGAUUCCGGCACCGUCGAUGUGUUCGUAAUGUCGGAGGAAGCUGCGGCUCGAAAUCUGUCCAACAUGCCUGCUAGUAGGUCGAGCAGAACGACGGUGUCGGAGCAGGUUGUCCCUCUGGUAGUGCCUGUUGAUGCAGCCUACGACAACAUGAGCGACCGGCUUGACUUGGAUGUGUGCGACGGGCGCCCUUUAUGCAGCAUUCCCGCGGGUUCCAGUGAUGAACAGCAUCGUAGAGCUGCAUUGCAGUGGGAGAAUACCAUCACGGGUAUAGAUCAAAGGUUUAAUAGCUUUAGUGAGUUCAGAGAAGCCUUGCAUAAAUACUCGAUUGCGCACGGCUUUGCUUACAGAUAUAAGAAGAAUGACAGUCAUCGUGUUAGCGUAAAAUGCAAGUCCGAGGGUUGUCCAUGGAGGAUAUAUGCGUCUAGGCUAGCAACAACUCAGUUGGUUUGCAUCAAGAAAAUGAAUGCAGAACAUACAUGCGAAGGAGCCACUGUUAAAGCUGGAUAUCGGGCAACAAGAGGUUGGGUUGGGAGCAUUAUAAAGGAAAAGUUGAAAGUUUCUCCAAAUUAUAGGCCAAAAGACAUUGCUGAUGAUAUCCGGAGGGAGUAUGGUAUUCAAUUGAAUUAUUCUCAAGCAUGGCGUGCAAAAGAAAUUGCGAGGGAGCAGCUUCAAGGCUCCUAUAAAGAGGCUUAUAAACUUUUGCCCUUUUUCUGUGAUAAGAUAAAGGAAACGAAUCCAGGCAGCUUCGCUACCUUUACGACCAAGGAGGACUCGAGCUUUCACCGUCUAUUUGUCUCAUUUCAUGCCUCAAUAUCCGGUUUCCAACAGGGUUGUCGCCCUCUCCUGUUUCUUGAUAGCACAGUUCUUAACUCAAAAUACCAGGGAAUGCUCUUGUCUGCAACAUCUAUUGAUGGGGAUGACGGAAUUUUUCCUGUAGCUAUUGCCGUAGUAGAUGAUGAAAAUGAGGAUAACUGGCAUUGGUUUUUGCAAGAGCUGAAAUCUGCAAUUGCCACCUCUCAGCAGAUCACUUUUGUUGCAGAUUUUCAGAAUGGUUUAAAGAAAUCUCUGGCUGAGAUAUUUGACAACUGCUACCACGGCUACUGCCUGCGCCAUCUUGUUGAAAAACUUAACAAGGAUUUGAAGGGGCAGUUUUCUCAUGAAGCAAGGCGAUUCAUGAUUAAUGAUUUUUAUACUGCAGCUCAUGCGCCAAGGCUUGAGGGUUUUCAGCAUGCAGUUGAGAACAUAAGGGGUAUAUCUCCCGAUGCUUACAAUUGGGUUGUACAGAGUGAGCCAGAGCAUUGGGCGAAUGCAUUCUUCACGGGAGCAAGGUAUGACCACAUGACAUCAAACUUCGGGCAAGAGUUCUAUAGUUGGGUAUCAGAGGCACACGAACUGCCGAUCACACAGAUGAUUGAUACUUUGCGAGGAAGGAUGAUGGAAUCCUUAUAUACACGCCGAGUUGAAUCCAGUCAGUGGGUGUCAAAGUUAACCCCAUCUAAGGAGGAGAAGCUCCAAAUGGAAGCUUCACUGUCGCAUUCACUUCAGGUGUUACACUCGGAAGGUAGCACCUUUGAAGUUCGUGGAGAUACUGUUGAUAUUGUCGAUAUCGAUCAUUGGGACUGCAGCUGUAAGGGAUGGCAACUUACAGGUUUGCCCUGUUGCCAUGCUAUUGCCGUCUUUGAGUGCAUGGAUAGAAGCAUUUAUGACUACUGCUCCAGAUACUUCGCAGUUGAAACUUACCGCCUUACCUACGUCGAGUCAAUAAAUCCCGUCCCGAAUGUAGAUAAGCCAGUUUUGAGUGAAUCAGCUGAAGCAGUUGUUACCGUGACUCCUCCUCCUACCAAACGGCCACCUGGGCGACCAAAGAUGAAGCAGUUUGAAUCAGUAGACUUGAUUAAACGCCAACUCCAGUGCAGCAACUGCAAAGGUCUCGGCCACAAUAAAAAGACGUGCAGGGCCACUUCCCAGUCCACAUUGUAAGAUGGAGAUUGGGGUUUUCCGCUGAACAUGCGGCUGAAUGCUGAGGAGACAUUGGGGAACACAAGAUCACGAUGCUUGGUGGUUAGUAAACUGCAUUUCAAGAAAGAAAGAUGUAAAUGCUGUAUCUGAAUUUUGCUUUUGAUUGCUAGAUAGAAUUGAACAAUUUUCUUAGGAAUCUAGUAAUUUGUCAGUCAAACAGUUUUUGAUUCUUGCAGGUAGGCAGAAACAAUAGUUAAUUGUCUUAUUGAGUUCGAUCCAUUUUUCUCCCUGCACUCGGAAAUAACUUUUGAGUUUGCUCAUGCCUGUCUAAGAUAUGCAUUUGCUUGGAGGCCAUUUUGCCCAUGGGGGUAUGUUAAGAUUUGUGUUGGAAAGAAGGAUCAACUGAUCCCAUUCUGUGGUUGUUCUC